AUGCGCGAAGAAACUGAAGAAACUUUAAAGCAACGCAACGAAAUAAUCGCCCAUCUGCAAGACCAGUUUCAGGUAAGCCUGCAUUUUGAUAUUCCUAAACAAGUUUCAGCUAAAAUUAAUUUUGCCCCAAUUCAUUAAUUUUAAACGAUUUAGCUAUUUUUUGCUCUUAAUUCUCCGCAUCCCACAUUGUAGACACGAAGAAUCAUUGUCUUUCUGUUUUGCUCUGCUUAAUUUGUAACCGACGAUGAUUUUUAAGGUAACGUCUUUUUCGAGAUAAUUUAUGCGGAAUGAUGUUUUUAGGCAUGUUUUUGGUGUUUAUUGUUUUUACAGACUCGUUUUUCUUGACAGACAUCCACUUUUUUCUUUUAAUCUUAGCCACGAGUGGCAUUUUUGUUUGCAUCAGGUUGACUCACACGUUUUAUUUGAAUCUCUACAGGUCCUUAGUCAAGUUGGUAUUGGUGCCAUUUCAAAGUCCAGAACUUAAGAUUGGUUUAGAUUUUUUAUCAUUUACAAAUUAUUCAAAUCCCGCCUUAUUCAAACAGUCUUCUUUGCGUACCCCAAUCCAUGAAGCACAAAAAUCAAUUGUUCCUCGUAUAUGGAUAUGAUUUACGUAAGCUGUCCCACGGAACUUAACUUAUGCGGACUUUGAUAUGUUUCUCCUUCUGUCAACUAAUGCGUUCAUGAAGAAAUGAACCUCGUUCGUAAUACUUUGGCAAGAAAGGUAAAGACGGAAAAUAUAGAGCGCGCCUAAUUUCAGUGACAAUUGUAGAGAUAUCGCAAUUUUCAGUAAAACUACACGACAUGGUACAUUUUAGCUAAUGCAGACGCCAGGCAAAAACGAACCCGAGCCUUCUUCAGCUUCUCACAUCAAGUGACAUUAUUUGGUGUCUGAUAUCGAAUUCUGUCUGAUCUUAGCCGUUCAAAAAGAUCGCGUUCUAAGCUUGACAGUUGCAUCCUUUUAGGUUGAAUAAGUAACUUAUCCUCAUUUUAUGACGGACUUUAUUACAGUCAUAAAUGUGCUACUUGUGUGGUAAUCCCAAAGUCGGUCACACAGGUUUUGUGAGACCUACGGAAAGGCUAAUGAAUUUACGCUGGGAAAGUCCAUCGUCCCCACGCAAUUCUUACCAAAUUCCGCAAACAACAUGAGUCUCGACCCAUGGAUUCGUUUUUCGUAUGUUGUAUAACAACGAGAACAAGUCCACUGGGUCCUCACGGCACAAUAAACAAAGGGUUUUAUGUUUUCCGUGUGUUCUGAAAUUACUUUGCAGAUCUUGGUGGAAAUUGGUUAGCAGACUGAGGAAUUUUUUACUUGUAAGAGGUCUGACUGUUCUCAUGGUCUUCCAUUAACUAAAAAAGUCAAUUCGUUGUUUCCUCUACGACUGAGGAUGAGUCACUGCGGUUGUUCAGAGAGCGAUAAUGAUCUACUAGACGUAAACGUUUGGGAUAGUUCCGUCGCAGUAGGCUAGAAACCUAUUUUUCACUCUAAAGGAUGCCGUUAUUUUUGUAGGGACCAACAUAUAUACUAUCUUCCUUGAUUUACUGACUGAGCCAGGUAUUCUACAUCUUAUUUGGUUCCUGUUGCCAGAUUGGCACCCUGUUAGGAAUGCUUGCUUUGCGAAAAUUUAUUCCUCAGAUCCAAAGGCCCACUCAUUUCGUACCUAACGCCCGUUGAAGGCCGUUCUGUUAUCAAUCAGCCAUAGACCCGCCGGGAAACCGGUAGUCAAACUGAUAUACAGGUCUUGUUCGUGCCUGUAAGUGAUGUCUGAUCCAUCUUCUUUACGACCCUCAUCGAAAUGAACGGCAGCGGCUUUCCUAUUCCCAGGCGCAGGCCCUGUAGUUUGUCUGCGUAGUCCUUCUCGAAAAUAGUCCCCCGCAUACAACGGCUGCGCUGCAGAUGCGUUGGAGCAAAAUUGGUUUACGGAUUGGAAGGUUGCCAACUGGAGCUUUCUUGGGAUUGAGGGUCAGACCGUGGUGCUUUCUCCUUACUGUGUCCUCUAUGUCAGUCUCACGCACGCGAAAUCCCUUAUGAAUAUCUGAUAAGUGGUUUUUCAACUAGUGUGCGCGUGGCAGGUGCAGUCGGAUUGUUCAGUCUUGUCAAGCACUGCACCUCCGGAACAAGAUGGGUGGGAGGAAGGAGGAGAGCAGCCGAUGUCUCGCAAUUCUUCCCCAUCAUAAACUAAUGCACGCGCUAGUUACCGACGCGGAGGCCACUCUGUCAUCGUUUGCAACAGUCUGGCUGUCUUUCUGAAAAUCUACGCCCAGACCAUGCGGGAAACGCACAUGUGAACACCUGUCCCAACACCAGGGUCGGUGCAUCAGAUGGUCGAGCAAUCAUCACACCAAAAUCCAACGCACGUGAUGAAAUUGCAGCAAUUAACUACGCGAAUUUCGGCCAUCAAACAAUUAGCACACCAAGUGCGACGAUCCCGGAUGAAGGGGGGAGCCGUGAAUGUUCAUAGGUAUGCUGUAGCAUGGCGACUGCAUCCUAUAAAUACUGCAGCCCCUUGCGCAUGAACCACCCGUAUCUUCCUUCGUCUCUGAUGACGGGUUCGAGCAGGAAUCCGAAACGUCAGUCAACUAAAGCUCUUGUCCCAACGAUUGUGCCUCCUUCUUCAAGACUUUGGAUUCCUUCCGUCUUCUGAAUCCUGGAUCCUGUCGGCAUAACAGUGAUGUCAGGACUCGGCCCGCACAGCGUGGUUGUCUCCGUCAAGGGAUGCUGCAUUUAUCACCAAAUUCCGCAGUGACUAGCAUAUGCCUUAUCAGCUUUACCCCUAUCAGCAAACAUCUCCCAAUGCACGCAAAAUAAAACUGUCAGAUCGUAACGGUCGGAUUUGUGCCAUUUUGCCUACCCACCCUCAAUCUCAAAUUUACUUCUCUGAUUUAUUCAUCUGUCUGCAGGAAUUAAAAGUCAGAGCCGCCAUGGAGACGAAGUACAUUCAGAAGUGUGCCGAGGUUGCGAUGAAACAGACAGAAGGACGAUGUCGCAACGCCGAGAAGGAGAUUCUGGAGGAGACGAGAUUUCUACGCAACAAGCUAGCACAGGACACUCGCUGUCACGUGGAACUUUUCUCCUGGCUCACGAGCAGGAAUUCAGAACUCACUUUGGUCCGUUCCUUUUUAUGUUUUGUGUUGCUCAAAGCUCUCACUACGUGCCGGUUUUUAGGUCUUCAGACCACUGUUCCACAUUUGUGAAUGUGAUGGAAUGAGCUGGUUAAGCAACGCUGGUUAAGCUGGUUGGCCCGCUCAGGCACCAUACUUACAAUCGGCAUUUUGAGUGUGUGAUCAGUCGUAAAUCUACAACUGGACCCACUUUUGCGGCCUCCAGUUUCCGUCCGUACAUGGUGGUAUGAGUAGAAAAAACGGCCUUAACCCGGCCACCCCACACUCCCCCGCCAUUCAUCGUAAGCAGAAGAAUCUUUGAGGGCGUAAAACAGGUUUCCUAGUCGGAAUUAAUCAUUUCAUCCUUCGUCUACAACCGACCGGAGCUUCGGAUGACCUUACUGCCGCCGUCGUACCGGCGGAUAGCGUAUGAGGGCUCACCCGUACUACCUACUCAUUUCACUUAAGUAGACAUGUUAUGUUAAUGUCACUGUUGCGACCAGACUUACGAAUAGGGUUGCGGUUAUAGUUAAGGCUGGGGUUGGGUUUGAAGUUUGGGUCAGAUUAAUGAUUAUGGCCAGGGACAGAGCUUGAGUAGCGUUUGUCUGUCGCAUACCGUCUUAGUAAAUCCAGUCACCAUUAACUGAAAACUACGGAUUACGUUGUUUCCGCUCCUCUACAGACUUUCCAGUCAAAUCGCACGGCCUAUUCCCGCGCCUCGUUGGAAUAAUAAAACAAACGUAUACCAGAAGUACGAGUUUACCCCAAUGCCUUUCACAGAUUCCGUCAAUUAUCGCCUCCGUCUGCCCCACCCAUAAAACCCCUACUACCAUCUCUUAUCGCAGGGAUACGUGUGCUCUAUUUUUCAGGUAGGGGCACAUACCGUGUAGUUGUCUGAAAAGAUACAGAUCUUAAGAGUCAGGCUUUUUUCUUUCUGCAGAGUUGAAUGUGUGAGCGGGGAGAUAAUUCUUCGGUCCAGACCCUCUCGAGUUCGGUUCAAAAGUUGAUGUGAAUAUGCGGGCUAAAAUCCGUCGGCUUCAGCGGGCUAACCGCGUAAUAUUUACAUUCUGCUCUAGAAGUCCGUUUCCGGGCAACGGGCGGAUUUCCCCUCGUUACUGAGUCGGGAGCAUUGUGAGAAAUGUGGUCUAACGUGAGGUUUGCUUAACUGCCCUGAAUAAAAUCGGUUUUGAACAGGGCGACCAACCACUUUUGGAAGUCAACGUUGACUUCAACAAAAUUUCCACCUGGUAUAAUAACAAGCAUAGAAUACGACGCCUUUGCAUAGCUCAUAAGCAGCCAUUACGGCUCGGGUGUAAGCCGGAGACUUGAAUUUCUUGUUUCUAAUUGGCUAACUUUCUUCCGAUUUUUGACUUGUAAUGCUAGCAUCUUUUUUGUAGUCUUUAAGCCAGAUCCCCCCAUCAAAUACACGCCCUGUAACAGAGAAACCCUUAUGUGGACACUAAGGAACGAUUGGGUUGAAACGUCAACCAACAUCUUAUUAAACUGCGUACGGUCAUCGCGUGUGAAUGAGUUAAGAUAACCCGCUCAGUCAGAGGGCGACCUAGAGGGAUGAAAGAUGAUAGGCAAAUAAAACAUGGACUGACGUUCUGAUAUGCGGUUGCGCAUGGGGAGGGGAAAGGGGGGAGUUAUCUAAGCAAGCGAGUUCGGACUACAAGGAAAACCUGUCGGAUGUAAUUAAGCCUGCGAUUAGUGGGGCAGUCAUGCGGGGGUGAGAUGUGAGGGGAGGUAUAAGGAGGUGGGUUUACGUCCAUUAUCGGUCCUUACAUGGCAGUGCGAGAUUGGGCGCGUAGUACAGCAGCUUACAGAGUUCGGGUUUUCUCCCUAGUAUUGCAGCGGCCUCUGCAAGACGCAGGAGACGCCCAGUUGUCGCCCGAAGUAGGACCUUAGAUGCAGUCAUUGGGUCCACCGCGUGGCCCGUGUAAACUCUUGAGCACCUUAUUUUCCGUCCUUAUCAGCCAUUUCGGCUGAUUGAGUUGCCAACUGCCUUCGCACGCGCCCGAUGUAUUCGCAUUCGCAAUUACAUUUAAACUCAUAGAUACAGCUUGAUGUGGCGUGCAUAAGCAGAACGUUUUAGCUAGUCUAGCUGGAAUAGCCGUUGUAGUGCCUAUAAACAGCAAGUUAGGAGGGCGUGCGUCCGUUCAAUCAUGUACAGAAAUCGUCGUUUCAGUACACUCGACACAUUAUCACCCUUGAAAGGGCGGUAGGUGAUCACCAGCUUUUUGGCACGGCUAUUUCUGCAGGACUUUCUUAUCUGGGAUGGCGAUAGUUAUCGAUAAAUUUUUCCGGAUACCCCUUUCCAAGAGAAAAACGUUCUUCAGGAAGCUGAUUUUAUCACCAGUCGUGUCCGUGGAAAGAAGUUUUUAAUUUUACGACUUUUAAGGCCGUGCAAUGUACAUUCAUACAGCAUCGUACUUGUCUGCAUAUCAUCGCUCCUCAUGAAAUGUACAAUAUAGUCCGCACUCAUCGCAAAAUUUCAUGAAAUAUAAAUGGUAUCUGCUUAAAUGCAUAGAGGAAUAACUUAUUUUCCUUACACGGAAAGCAAGUGCCUCGUAGAAUGAAAUCUCUAAAGCUAAUGCAACGGCUGAUCUGGCUUAAAAUUAUUCGGAAAUAUUUGAAUUCCUAAGACCAUCGAAAAUCAAUGCGAAAAAUGUAUGCUACUUAUGUAGUCAUUUUUACCGAGUUUGGGUUUUGCAGGAAAUCGAAAAGAAGUGACCUCUGAAUGAAACCUGCCCGCCUAUGUAAAGCAACUUCUUAGAGUUUCACUCAGACCCAUCGUCAUAGCCUUCUACAAACAGAGAUGGCGGAAGGCAACAGUUUGCACGAUGUUCCUACCAUGCAACCACAUACCCAUCAUAGCUAACUGCUUCCGCAUUCACCGUCGACGGUCGCACUUUGCGUGGCGACCGCUUGUUCGUCUGCAUGGGUUCGAGUGAGAAUCCAAGAUGUCAGGCGAUUAAACUUCUUGGAACUCGCCUUUAUUGGCAAUACUGCGGAAUUUUACGCAUUCUCGUUGAAGCACUGCAAUUAAUCCCGGUAGGGGAUCACGAGUAAAACACGUUGUCCAAAUUGCUGUUUUUACUGACCGUCAACUAUUCCUGCACUGCGCGGUUCAUGAAUCUUUGAACUACUGCUCGAUUCACCAUGCCCCCAGAACGGAUAUUAGCUAAGAGUUCAGACGUGUGUUUCGCCGACUUCCGGAUGGUGCUCAUCAGUGGGUCCUCUAUCGCUCCCCGUGCGCUUUUUGGUUCCUAAUCCAGUUAUAGUUUUUCAGUUUCAGUUCCAGUUUAUUUGAGGGAAACAUAGGUGUUGAACCUUUGAACUCCCUGUGUGCUACAAGGAAGCGAAUUAUAUCAAAAAUUUGAAAAUUGAAACAUUAAACAGCUACAGAAGGGUUUUGCAACUACGAUGCUGAAUAACGAAGGAGAAUACACGCGUUGAAUUUUUUCAGAUUCGCAAAGUUUUCGAAACCAGACAAAUAAGCGAAUCGCUCCAAGUGUUACAAACAUUAACGUUACUGAAUGUGCUGUACAGUAGUCUGUCUAUGGAUAAUUGGUGCUAUCUCAGUUUCUGAGGGAAAAGAAUUGAAUGCCAACACGUACAUUCGACGGACCUGGACAAUAAUAAAAAAACAAAUGUUACUGAAAUACAGGCAGUAAUAUAAUGCCACAUAUUAAAUUUCGAUGAAUUUAAAAAGCCUGACAACAAGUCCUGGAUCAGUUAAAAGUCAUUAUCUUCCGGUCAAGAAAGAUUAUUUAAAACCUUUACACCUCGAUAUACAAAGUGGAUUCUUCUCAUUUGCGUUAACUGCACGGGUCACUAGUCGCAGACCACGCACCCAAAAUUUCAUGUUUGAUUUGCAGACCUCAUUUCUUGAUCUUACCUAUCUUUUUGACGAACGGGCACUUUGAGAACCAUUGGUAUUGUGUACUACCUUCUGGAUCUCUGUGUAAAUUUGGGCGAUAUAGAGGGUUUCUGGUAAGCCGCUAGUGCUUUCAUAUGAUGGUGUCUGUAUUGCUUUAGACUUGUGAGUACAUGGCCGAAAAGGAGAUCCGCGACGUUUCAGCAAAGCAGGAGGAGUUGGACGCAUUGACCAAAAAGAAGGAAGAGUGUCUCAACAAUCUGAAGGCUCUGAUCGUUGAGGUGAGCUAAGUUAUGACAUCCGGUUUCUAUCCUUGUGCAUUCUUUUGAGUUGAAGCACACUGUAGCAGUUUGACCAGUUGUAACCGAGCUGUUGAGGCUAAGUAGCAAUCAUUUUUAAGAGAAGAACUAUGGAUGGCAUCGCAUUUAUUGACAUAACAACGAUCGCCUUAGCUCCUCCUUCCAUCCUCAUCACCAUUUUCGUCUAUGUAUACAUCAUGGUAGAUGGGCGCUCAUCGAUGAGGCUAUGGAACGUGCUAGUUCCGUUGUGUUCGGGGCUUCAAAUUAGAACCCCCAGGGGCAGUCGCAGAGCCACUAGUGGUAUAGGCAAACGAGGUUAUACUGACAGCGACAAAGCGGAGGGGAUGGUCACUUCUGGCUUGACAGCCGUCAUCGGCCAACCAUACCCAGCCCUAUGUGUGGGUCACCCGUGAUUCGAGCGGGGGAUCUUUGGUCACUGGGUGUGACACGCAAUCUUUGGGCCAGGGGCCCUUUGUCUUGUCGACUAUGAUCGAAAAUAUUGACUACGGUACAGUGCCACAAUCAAUGACCAAAGGUUCCGGGUUCGAAUCCCAGGCGAUCCACACCUGGGGUUGGAUAUAAUUGGCUGAUGAUGACUAACGAGCCAAAAAUGGUUAUUGCGUCUCCCUUGUCUUUGUCGGUAUCACCUCGUCUGAUUAUAUCACUAGUGGCUCUAUGACUGCCUGUGAGAGUUCUAGUUCGGACCCGAGACACAACGGCACCAGCACGUCCCGCAACCUGAUCGGUGAGCUCGCAUCUACCACAAUUAAUAUUCCCAAUCAGAACUGUCAGGACAACGGGCCUGUGACUGAACGACAUAGUGUCACGCCCAAUGACCAAAGAUCCCGGGAUCGAAUAUCGGGUGAUCUACAUCUGCAGUUGGAUGUGGCUGGCUGGUUACGGCUAACAAGUCAAAAAUGGCCUUCCCAGUCUCCUUUGUCCUUUUUGGUAUCACCUAUAUAUAUAUAUAUAUAUAUCAGAGGGGAGACGACAGAGUCUGGGGGUAGAUUGAUACAGCACUAUUUCGGGCUCGUUUGCCUUCAUUCAGCCAAUCCUAACCCUGACCACCAGCAGCUGCGACCAGAAACACAAACAUGCGCACAGACGCACCUGGCGCAGCUGGUCCACCACUGGGGUCUACCAGAUGGGUCAUAAGCACUUCAUCGAAACGAAGUUCAUCAGUGCUUCGCCACCUGCCAUUCUCUGUCGCUGCAGAUCGGGUAUUUAUUCACUCAGGAAUGGGCGCACACCGAUCCAUUGGCUUCCCGAAGCAAACAAGUUUGGUAUGGGCGAUAGGGGUCACGAACAGGCAACAACCACUACAUAUAUAUAUGCAGUAUGUUAUUACCGACAAAGGCAAGGGAGACUGGAAUAGCCAUUUCUGGCUUAUUAGCCGUCGUCAGCCAGUCAUACCCAACUCCGAAGUGUGAAACACCCGAGGCUCGAACUCGCGACCUGUUAGUUAGAGGUCCACGCCUCUACCCACCGGGUCACGAGCCCGUUGCCCCGUCUGUUUCGAUCGGGAAUAUACAAUGGUAGGGGAUGCUCACUGAUCAUUGUUAGGGAACUCACUCGUCCGGUGAGCGCCCCCUACCAUUGUAUAUUCCCGAUCGAAACAGACGGGGCAACGGGCUCGUGACCCGGUGGGUAGAGGCGUGGACUUCUAAACCAACAGGUCGCAAGUUCGAGGCUCGGGUGUUUCACACUUCGGGCUUGGGUAUGGCUGGCUGACGACGGUUAAUAAGCCAGAAAUGGCCAUUCCAGUCUCCCUUGCCUUUGUCGGUAAUAACAUUUUGCCUAUGCCAUGCGCCUCUAUGCGGCCGCUGAUGGGGCUCGAAAGACGGAGCGCCCAUAAGGCACAACGGGACAAGUGAUGUCCGUAAAAGCGAUCAGUGAGCGCCCCUCUGCCAUACUACAGUGAGCACACUGGCCAGCCAAUAUUAGUCAUGGACGAAAGAGUUGUCAUGCAAAUUUUAGUCAAAUUAAGGACGUUAAUGCUCAUCCAGCUUCCGAAUUAAGUAGAUUGAGAAUUAAUCCAAACGCCGGGAUACCAGUGUGGUCAGCUGAAAUGAGUCAACUAAUGACGCAGCGGUGCGUGUCAUUAACUUACAGUUAGUGACCUAACUCAUGAAAGGUGUCAAAAUGUACAAAUGAUUGUCAAUUACUGACAAACCGGCACCAUUUCAUGAUUCCAAUGUCUGUUAUUUAAGUACAGGCUUAAAAGAAUUAAAAACCUUUAAAAAAAUAAUGAAGGCAGUGUUGCGUUUUUUUGAAAUGCCAAUUUUUUAGAAAAGCUAAAUAUCCCGAAAACGUCAGAAAUGGAUCCAAUUUAGUAAACUUCGUUUUUAAAUGUAUAGAAUGUAUUCUCAUGCCGCAGACGUGAUAAAUAUGAAAGUAUAAAUGAAAUAACGUUUAAUAAUUAUGUUUCAGUGAAGUUUACAUCUAAAUGUCGUUUAAGAAUUAAUGUAAUUUCAUACAUGGCGGUUUCUCAACUGCCUACAUUCCGAGUGUAGAUCCCAAAACAGUUUUCCAGGCAUUCGUGUUAUCCUUGACCCGUUUGAGUUAAAUGAGACGGGGUUCAACAAGAGAAACUGGAUUUUGCUUGAUUUCACCGAUGGGGGCGUCAUAGGAACAAAAGUUUUCAUAAGGUGACAUGCUAUGAGGUCGGUCGGUGCCUAAUAAAUUUAAAUAGAACUGACAGGCGUGAUCGUAAACAUGCCAUUUUGUGUUUAUAGAAAGAAAUUUUCUUCCGUUAAAUUAAUUUACACUGUUCGUUCGUUUCGGAUUACGCUGAGUUUCAGAUCGGCCUCGAAAUGUUUCUGAAUACUUCAUGAUUUUCAGUGCUUUUACCCGAUCAUCCAUAAAGGCAGAUUCUGAAUUACCUGUCUGUUAGGAAAAUUAAAAUAAGAUUAUUCUUGAAGGCAUUUACCGAAUUGUGAGUGUUCGGGCGCUUCUUUUCAAGAAGAUGGUCGUUUGGGUCAUAUGUGAAGACUCGUUCAAACAUCAAACUUCAUUUUCAAGAAAACUGGCUGUCCACAACGAAAGUCAGCAACGAAUAUGCCUUCGAUCAAUCAUAAAACUUCCCUUUAUGAGUUACCUCUUUAAGUAGUGCUUUAUUACUGCACUUCGUUUACGGAUCUCUGUGUACCUUGCAUUUUUGCACGGUGAGGCCAAGUAAAAAUAUGACACUUUUGGCCGUACUUCCCAUAUCGGAAGUCGGAGAGGUGGCCUACGGGGCAGUUUCUGACCAGUCAAAGCGCCCAGGGCAGGCCAGAAACGCCUGAAGGUCAUGACACCGAUCGCCCAGUCAGCGAGUGACUUUCAAUAAAUCAAUUUUGGACCUCAAAGUUUGUCUUUCGGUAAACCAUAUUCUUCUCAUGUAGGGGGCGGGAGGGAGCGAACAAUCACCUAUUCCUACCAUAUCCCUAAAGGGUAGUCUGUGGUUACUCCAUCACUCUCUCGUCACUAAACCGGACCGCAUUUGCCCUUUCUGUGAAUGGUUAUCUAACAAAAAAUGCCUUUUCUUUCGGUCAGUACGAACAUGUUGAGAGGACUGUACUCGCGGACAGACGGGCGAAAGAAAAGAAACGAAAGGCAGAAGAAAGGGCACAAAAGAUGCUGGAUUCCGCUCAGAUGGUAAGUUCACUUUCGGGCAGUUUUGGAAGGGGUUCAUUGGCCACUCCGGAGCGGGGCGCUUUGUUUGAAUCAAGCAAAGAGCAGAUCGCAACGUUUGGCCGCACUCCUCAAGCCAGGCGAGUGAAAGUUCAGUGGGUCUGGGGGCCAAGUGAGCAGUGCUCAGACACUCCUAGCGGGCUUGAUUUCUAUUCGAGCAGGUGUAGCAAUCUGACCGUCAUUACUGGCUAUGUCUACCGUGUGCCCCACAGCAGGGUAGGAGUAAGGACGGCGACCUAUGUGUAGUGUACCGACUUUCGAAUAGAAAGACCUCGGUGUAAAUGGUGUAUGUGUGUCCGGAUAAAGUAGUUGCGUGUGCCUUUCCAGAGUCUUUGAAUGCCGGAACAAACUCGAUCAUAGUUUGUUGAAAUUACGCGCAGAAAAGCUCAUUUUUGUGCUCAUUCAGUGGAAAAUCAACAUUUAUCAAAGCUGAGGGAACAGAGACUUUCGGUUUGUAGAACACACAUAGAUAUGAACAAUUUUAGUAGCCUCACAGAGUGUACACUGUGAUCCAUAUUUGUUGCAAUAUCCUGUGGGAACCAAAAGACCUCUUUGGAUGGCUGCGUUGAUUUGUGCUGUUUUGCUUCACGUAAACCACAGAGCAUGUAGUUUUUAAGCCUUAAGGGCAAGUGAACAAGCAAGUGGUUUUUCAAAAUGCAUAGGUGAGAGUGAACUUUUGUAAACCGAGAUUGUCCUUUCCCAAAAAUAUCGCAUUUUAGGAAAGGAGUAAUGUACCAGGGGUGUUGGAAAGAAUAUUCUGCACACCUUUUCUAUAAAAUUAGAUUCACUCUAUAUAGCCCCUGGGACUCGGCCUAAAAACUCGGAGCAGUUCGGGUGAAUGCCGCUACGAGUAGUGUUAGUAGCAGUAGCGACGGCGGUAGUAGCAGCAGUAUCAGUCGUGACGGCAAUAAUAAUAGUAGUAGUAUAAUUAAUGGCAGUAGUAGUAGUAGUAGUAGUAGAAGUAGUAGUAGUAGUAGUAGUAGUAGUAGUAGCAGUAGUAGUAGUAGUGCUAGUAGUAGUAGUGGUGGUGGUAGUAGUAGUUGUUGUUGUUGUUGUUGUUGUUGUAGUUGUAGUAGUAGUUGUAGUAGUAGUAGUAGUAGUAGUAGAAGUGGUGGUAGUAGUAGUAGUAGUAGUAGUAGUAGUAGUAGUGGUAGUAGUAGUAGUAGUAGUAGUAGUAGUAGUAGUAGUAUGACUGGUUGCGAUACUGGUAAUAAUAAUAAUAAUGACAGUGGUGGUAAUUUGUUCUUGCCUCGUAGGCGAGUAAUAUUUACGUGCAUAGAUAUGUAUUGGGGAUAGACAUCCCACGAAAUAUAAUUAGAAGGAAAUGAGUUUUUUCGGGGACUUAACAAACUUUAUUUCGUAAAUUUUCGACGCUAGUUCCCCAGGCCAUCGUCAGACGUGCGUUGUGAAAAACGGCUAAAACUUAAACAUGCUCGAAAAAGUCGAUAUUACUUUGAAAUUGCUGCCAAUAAGUAGAUACUGCGGGCUGACAUCAUGCGUGGAUUGGCUAUCGCCUUUCCCCAUUUUUCUUUGAGAUUUGUACAUAGGGCAUCUAAAUUAAUGUGCCGAAUGAUGCAUGCAUCAUCUGAAUGUACAGUCUCCAGAGAUUUUUGACCUUUCUUAAUGUUCAGAAACUGACAGUGCUCAUUUUAUCCUAAUUAAAUUUGUGCCCAUUUUCUAGCAUAUGCCUGACGACUUGGGAUAGAUGGUCUCAUCAGUUGGCGUUCAUGUAGGCAUGUAGAAGAUGAUUUUCCAGUUUAACCACAAUACACCGUAUUGUAGCUGUCACAUGUAUCCUUGUAAGUGACUUCUUUUUUUAUCCGAACAGCCAACCCUAUCCUUCGAGUGUACAAGCCGGUUGGGUAGUCCAGUCGACGGUUUGUGCGCCACUUGUAUUUGGUUCUUCCUUAGGUGUCUUUUAACGAGUCCGGACAUAUUUUUAGUGUAAGGAAGUGUUCGUCCGUUUUUGGUUUGGGCGUCUGAUCGGAAAAACCCAGUUCCCCGUCUUUUUCUUUUGAUUCCUGAUGCUUCACGCAUCGGCGUGUGAAAUCUCUAGGGCGGCUGUUUCGGGAAAACAGGCUAGACAAAUAAUUAGGAUUUAUUUUAUGACCUCCGUCCUCAGAACAGUGUGUCUUUCCUCGAUAUACGCAUAUACAUAUAAGUAUGAACAUUGUAUUUCUGAAACUGUUUUUGCAGAUUCAAAACUGGUGGCGAACGAUGAUUGUUAUUCAUGACAUUAAACUGAAGAAGAAGCGACGGAAGGAUACCACCAAGGCUAAAAAGUCGACAAAGAAAUGA